CAUGAUUAAACUGACAUGUAUUUGACAGUGAAGGGCUUGAGCCAGAUCAACUUAUGAUGACAAAUUUGAGAGAACUGAUAUUGCGUGAUCUUUGGAAACUGCAAGAAAUAUGGCACGGUCCUGCUCCUCAUUCAGUCUUUCGUAAUCUUAAUAUUUUGGCAUUUCGUUACUGCCAUAAGCUGAAAGGUCUGUUGCCGCACCAUGUAGUUCAAUGUCUUUUGCAAUUGGAACACCUUUGGGUAGAGGAGUGCUGUAGUUUGAAUAGAGUUAUUGAAGCAAGUGAACAAAUAGAGAGUCAAAUGAUUAUUAUUCCAAGAUUGAAGAACAUAGUUUUGAGAAGGCUUCCGCAGCUCUCGGGGUUCUACAGAAGUGCUGCUAUUGUUGAUCAUGUUGAGUGCCCUUCAUUGGAACACUUUUAUGUGGACAAGUGUCCCCAGUUCUCCACCCCAGCUACUUCUGACUUCCACAGCAGGAAUCAAGUCCAGGUCAAUGAUGAAGAACAGUUUAUAUCCCUAAUGAGAAGAAAGAUGGACACGUAUGGCUUUUGAACAAAAGUUGAUGCACACCGGUCUCAGAGAAGAAACUCUACAUGUUCAGUUGUCCAGAAAGAAGAUUUCUCAAUUGGAUGACUGUUGAAUGUUCACUGUUGAGUGUUGAUAUCAACUAGUUACUAGCUAGUAUUAUGCUACUAAAGUAGCCAGCAUUUCUACUUGUAAGUAUUUUUAGUUGCACUUGAAUCAUCCAAACUUGAUACUGGAAAUCUCAUAUAUGUAUGCACAGGAUUAUAGUAGUUU